UGUAACAGCUCGCUGAAAAUGUCUAGCAGAACCUCUGGCACAACAAACAAUAUAGCUCAGGCCAGAAGAACUGUUCAGCAGUUGAGAAUAGAAGCAUCUAUAGAACGAAUAAAGGUAUCCAAGGCAUCAGCAGAUCUAAUGUGCUAUUGUGAGGAGCAUGCUAGGAAGGAUCCUUUACUAAUGGGUAUUCCUGCUUCAGAAAACCCCUUCAAGGAUAAAAAGACCUGUGCAAUUCUAUAGGCAAAGCAGCAAGAUGCCUUCAAGACCUUCCCUGUGAAACAAACCAAGCAGUUUCCUAGAGGAAUAACCUGAAGAUCAUCUGGUACCAACUGCAUAAAACGGCAAUCCAUUUACAUUGUGUAUCAAUGAACUUUUAGGUUUUCUAAAAAGUUUCUUUUCUUUAAAAUGUUCAGCGUGGGGAU